UUUAAACCUCUCUAUUCCUCUAAACCCUCUCCACACAAUUUCUUGUCAACUUAAGAACUCAUAAUAUUUCUCUUUUCUUCUCCUUGCUCUUUUUUGUCCCACUAAAUCUAUCAAACAUAAGAAAAAAGUUUUAAGAGUUUAUUGCAUAUUUCUAGAACUUAUCUUGAUGAAUCAAUAUUGUAAUAGUCCUUGUUCACCUCUAAUGGUUCAUGCACUUGAACAAGAAGACUUGUUUGCUGGUAGAUGCAUACUAGUAAAUGGUCCUGUUAUAAUUGGUGCUGGUCCUUCAGGGCUAGCAGUUGGCGCAGGCCUUAAACAACAAGGGGUUCCCUUUGUAAUCUUGGACCGUGCCAACUGCAUUGCGUCCUUAUGGCAAAACAGGACGUAUGAUCGCCUUAAACUUCACCUCCCACGACAAUUCUGUGAAUUGCCUUACUUCCCAUUUCCACAAAACUUCCCUGAGUAUCCUACCAAGUACCAAUUCAUCAACUACCUUGAAUCUUAUGCCAAGAACUUUGAGAUCAGCCCACGAUUCAAUGAGUCGGUCCACUCUGCUAAGUAUGAUGAAACUUGUGGUUUAUGGAGGGUGAAGACAGUGUGUAGCAAUGGUUCAAUCAUUGAAUAUAUAUGUAGGUGGCUUGUAGUGGCUACAGGAGAGAAUGCAGAAAAAGUGGUGCCUGAAUUCGAAGGAUUAGAAGAUUUUGGUGGACAUGUUAUGCAUGCUUGUGACUAUAAAACAGGGGGAGUUUAUGAAGGGAAGAAUGUGUUAGUUGUUGGAUGUGGCAAUUCAGGCAUGGAAGUUUCACUUGAUCUUUGCCACCAUAAUUCAAGUCCAUCCAUGGUUGUUCGAAGUUCGGUUCAUGUUUUGCCAAGGGAAAUUCUCGGAAAAUCGACGUUUGAGUUAGGAGUUUCAAUGAUGAAAUGGCUCUCAAUUGAUGUAGUUGACAAGAUAUUGCUAGUUGCAGCAAGGUUACUUCUUGGAAACAUAGAAAAGUAUGGUUUAAAAAGGCCAUCCAUUGGACCUUUACAGCUCAAGAACACAGAAGGGAAAACUCCAGUUCUAGACAUAGGUGCAUUACAAAAGAUUAAAUCUGGAGAAAUAAAGAUAGUUCCAGCAAUCAAGAAAUUUUCUCAAGGGAAAGUACAAUUUGUUAAUGGUGAAAUUCUUGAAAUUGAUUGUGUCAUUUUGGCUACAGGAUAUUGCAGCAAUGUUCCUUCCUGGUUAAAGGAAAGUGAUUUUUUUUCAAGGGAGGGAUUUCCAAGAAGCCCAUUUCCAAAUGGAUGGAAAGGAAAAGCUGGUUUGUAUGCAGUUGGAUUUACAAGAAGAGGGCUUUCUGGUGCAUCUUUGGAUGCAGUUAAAGUAUCACAAGAUAUUGGCAAAAUUUGGAAAGAAGAAAUUAAACAGAAAAAUCAAUCUGUUGCUGUUGCAUGCCAUAGAAGAAGCAAGUUACCCUUCUAAUAAACAAACAAAUAACAUAUCCAGUAUAGUCUCAUAAGUCGGAUCUGGAGAGGGUAGAGUUUACGCACAUCUUACCUCUACCUGUUGUUUCUGAUAGACCCUCCAAGUUACCCUUCUAAUAUUAUUUUAUUUUAUUUUUUAACCUUUUAACUUUUCUUCCAGUAAUUUUACUUGCCAAGUAACAAAAAAAAGGAAAAAAGUAAAGACCAUUUUGUGACAAGAGAAGGAAGAGACAAAACAGAGAGCAGCCCUGUCCAGAGAAAUACCCAAAUUCAUCUUUGGGCAUUUUUAUAGGAAGAAGAGGCUUUUCUUAGCAUCUACUUCUAAGGAGAAAUUUGUACAAAA